UAAUAAUAAAAAUGAGUUUGAGAACUCGACUUGAUUUUUUCAAUUUUUCAAAAACCUGAUUGCGUCACCGUCGCGCUUGACUUUUGAAUCACGUUCCAUCGCGAAGACUAUUAUUCAUUAUUCGAUUACCGUGGGAAUACAUGUAAGUGCAUGGAAUUCCCAAUUCGAAUAAAGAUUACGCGGCACAUUCUUCCGUCGCAUGACGCCGGAUGCGCGAUUAGCGAAAAUGAAAAGAAGGGAUUUUACAAUUCCGGAUUCAUCGACGUGAUCCAUAGUGGGCACCUUCGCUGGGGAAUAAGACGGCCAGAGUGGGAGAUGAAUUAUAAAGUGGCGUUGUACGGUGAGAGGUCUUACAGUUACACUUUGCCCGUUUGCUGCAUCAAAGUCGCGCCGUACGGGUGCGAGCCACCACCGGGUCACGCGUGUAUCCUGCAUCGUGGUGCAUUGAUAAGAAACCCGGCAAGAGAGGGAGAAAGAGAGAAACAGAGGAAGACGCAGAGCGAGGCCGUACCUACCAGCCAGUGCACAAUGUCGUAUAAUCUGUCGACGAGUUCAGCAUGCUCGGAGCCCUAUCUCGGUCCGAGUCUCGCCCAGGUCUGUCCAGGAUCGCAAUACUUGACGUUCAUGACAAUUCUGGACGCGCUGGUGCGGUCCCAAGAUACAGUAUCUCAAUUGUGCGAGCGUAUAAGGCCGGUAGACCCGCCGGAAUACUAUUACGAUUUCAUCGUCGUGGGCGGUGGAUCAGCCGGUGCCGUGGUGGCGUCUAGACUGAGCGACAUACCCGAAUGGAAAGUUUUGUUGCUAGAAGCCGGCCCGGACGAGCCACCGGGUGCCGAUGUUCCCAGUAUGGUGGCAAUGUUUCUGGGAACUGACAUUGACUGGCAGUAUCAAACCACGAACGAGAUGAACGCUUGUCUGUCAACUGGCGGAUCCUGCAGCUGGCCGCGCGGUAAAAACCUUGGCGGGACGUCCGUUCACAACGGCAUGAUGUAUAUCCGGGGUCACGCGAAAGAUUUUGACAAUUGGGCAGCCAUGGGUAAUGUCGGAUGGAGUUGGCGUGAUGUCUUGCCGCAUUUCAUGUGUUCCGAGAACAAUACGGAGAUCCAUCGGGUGGGUCGCAAGUAUCACUCGACCGGUGGCUUGUUAACCGUCGAACGGUUUCCAUGGAAGCCUUCCAUCACCGACGACAUCCUCGCGGCGGCGGCCGAAAGGGGAUAUCCGAUUAGCGAAGACCUGAAUGGCGACCAAUUUACAGGAUUCACCGUGGCACAAGCCACAACCAAGAACGGCGUGCGAGUGAGUAGCGCAACAGCCUUCCUUCGUCCAUUUCGGCAUAGGCGCAAUCUGCAAAUCGCCUUAAACGCCACCGCUACGAAGAUCAUCAUCGAGAAUCACAAGGCCGUCGGAGUUCAGUAUUAUCAAGAUGGUGAACUUCGAGUUGCCCGUGCCACAAAGGAGGUAAUCGCCUCCGGUGGUGCCGUAAAUUCGCCUCAACUGUUGCUACUCUCCGGAAUCGGGCCAAAGGAACAUCUGCGAGCGGUAAACGUCACGGUCGUCAAGGAUCUACCAGGUGUCGGAGAGAACCUGCAUAAUCACGUGUCGUACACUCUAUCGUGGACGAUCAAUCAGCCGAACGUGUACGACCUGAACUGGGCGGCUGCCACGGAAUAUAUCGCCUUUCAGAGGGGACCGAUGUCGUCGACAGGUCUGUCGCAGUUGACUGGAAUACUGCCAUCGAUCUACACGACUCCGAAUCAUCCCGAUCUUCAGCUGUUCUUCGGUGGUUAUCAGGCGGCCUGUGCGACCACCGGUGAAGUGGGUGCCAUCAUGAACGGAAACGGACGCAGCAUCAGCAUGUCGCCGACGAUGACGCAGCCACGUAGCAAGGGACACCUUCGCCUCGCCAGUAACAAUCCUCUCGAGAAGCCGAUCAUCUGGGGAAACUAUCUGAGCAAUUCCAUUGACCUGGCGAUCCUCAUCGAGGGCAUCGAAAUCGCGCUGUCUCUCGCCAAUACUAGUGCCAUGUCCAAGUACAAUAUGACUUUGAGCAACCAUCCAAUACCCGCCUGCUCCCGAUAUCCGUUGUUGAGCAAGGGGUACUGGGCCUGUGCCGUGCGCCAAGACACCGGUCCUGAAAACCAUCAGGCGGGCUCCUGCAAGAUGGGACCGGCCCGAGAUCCCAUGGCGGUGGUGGAUCAUCGAUUGAGGGUGCAUGGCAUCAGACAUCUCCGUGUAGCCGACGCGUCCAUUAUGCCACAGGUAACGUCCGGUAACACGGCGGCCCCGUCCAUGAUGAUCGGCGAGAGAGCAGCCGCGUUCAUCAAGUCCGACUGGGGCGUACACAGUACACAAUGUUCUCGCACGACGAUCGACAGUUCGCUGGACCUAUUACUAUGGGGGAUCAAGUACAUCGACUGGGAUCAGACUAUAUGGUAGCCAGGCACCACGAUCUAUCUAGUCUCUUGUGAUCCAUCGCGUUUUCCGCGGCCUAAGAAGGUCGUCGUGAACGCGACCAAAGGCGAGGACUCUCUCAAGCAACAGGGUGCAAUUUCCUUUCUCUUCGGUAUUCGGAGCCAGUCACACUUCGCUUCGAUUGUUCGAGCGCUACGGUAGAUCCGAAAUUGCGUCGCAACGUGCAAUUAUUGUUGUUACUAACGCAGAGAGCUGCACGACUCAAGACAGUUGUCGUUGUCUCGCUGUACCGCCAUGUCUCAAUUUCCAUUUAAGGGGGAGAAAAGGGGGGGAAUUUCCUACAACGUGUCCUAUAGCAUGUCGCGGCUUUUCUAAGAGCCAUCGUGAUCAAUUAGCCACGGCACGCGAAUCUCCGUUACAAUUCCCCUGUAAGAGUAUUGUUAUUAUUAUUAUUGUUAAUUUCUUAAAAAGAUUUAUUUCCUAUAAUUUCCUAUGACCUAACCACGCGAUUAAUGUCCGGAGUAUCAGAGUCACGUUUGUAUGUGUAUAUACAUAUAUAUUAUCCUAAUAAUUUCCUCUGAUAUAUCGAGUUUCUAGUGUCUCUUAUAAUAGCUAUAACAUAUAUUAUGUACAAUUCUCAGAUAUCCUAUUAAAAUCAUGACCAAAGACAAAUUUUGGUGCAUCGACCGCAAGCCAAAAACGUAGUGUUAACGAACGAAUGUGUAAAAAAAGAAAUAGAUUACAGAAUAUAAAUAGCUCGGCUGCUCAUAGAGUGCGCGUAUGUAAAUCAAAAUGCUGUAAAUAAACAAGAUUGCAUAAUAGCAGAAACGAAA